GAGGGCUGUUCCACAGAGACGGGCCUUGCGGACACCGGCGCUCCUCAGGCUGAGGUCCCCCGGGGCGAGGCCGUCCUGGAGGCCCCACGGAGCAAGUCCCAAUAAGCAGAAGAGCCCCGGCAAGUUGCCACUUUGGAAGGUUGUGACCCUUUCGCUCGUCCCAGAUGUGUGGACCGUGGAACACAUCCUGCGAGCAGCAACGGCUCUUGCGUCCAUCUGUGAGUGUUUCUUUUGUCAGAGAGCCCAGCAGAGCUGCCAGCCUUCCAGUGCCAGCCCUGAGCUGAGCGAGGAGUGCCCAGCCGAGAUGGUGAAGAUGACAAAAUCCAGAACUUUCCAAGCUUAUCUGUCAAACUGUCACCGAACAUACAGCUGUGUCCACUGCAGAGCCCACCUGGCCAAUCACGAUGAGCUGAUCUCCAAGUCUUUUCAGGGAAGUCAGGGACGAGCCUACCUCUUCAAUUCUGUGGUGAACGUGGGCUGCGGCCCCGCGGAGGAGAGGGUCCUUCUCACGGGCCUACACGCGGUCGCAGACAUCUACUGUGAGAACUGCAAAACCACACUCGGGUGGAAAUACGAACAUGCCUUUGAAAGCAGUCAGAAAUACAAGGAAGGAAAAUUUAUUAUUGAGCUUGCCCACAUGAUCAAAGACAAUGGUUGGGAGUAAAAUAAAAACUUUGUUCUCUUCUGAAUACUAUUUUGUGAAAGAGACUGAAAGUGUAAUGGAGACAUCCAGGAGCAUCCUGGAUGACAGUGUUUCUUGAACUUGAACUUUGCGGGCUGGCCUCUCCCGGCCGUUCCGAUGGUAAGGUGUCCCUCUAGCCUCUGUCCUGUUCACAUACAUGGCUGUUUCUGAAAUGUUUCAAUGACCUUUUUCUAACUUCUCAAGUUUUAGAUAAAGAAUUAACCAACUGAUGACUUACCCAUCUAGUUAAUACCUUCUUUUAAGCUAUGCCUUUAAGGUAGAGUUUGGCUGUGCUGUUUCAUGUUUGAUAGAAAACCAAACCAAAUUUUCUUGGGCCACAGGGUUAGGGGCUUUUCAGAGGGCAAGUUCAUUCCCCUCUCGUUGACUGAGGAUACUGUAGGCCACUUUUUCCUAGUUCGUGAAACUACAAAUGGGUCAUUCCUUUUGCAAAUGAGCUGUUAAGGCAUUGUGCUCAUUUAGGAAUCUUCCAGAAACAGUGAACAAAUCUAUACACCAAGGGACCUUUUUUUUAAAGCCUUGUUCAGAACUAGAAGACACCACUGAUUAUAUUUUAGGUAAGCUAUAAACAGAGAAAUCUGUCUAAUGGAACAUCUUGUUUAUUUAAGCCAACAGCUUCCUUAUCUAGAAAGUAAGCGUUAGCAAAGACUGUUGCGGGGGGCCGCAGGUGCGCGUGUGCGUAGGGCUGCCGUCCGGCAGGGCUCUGGAGGUAGGGCUUCUGUGUCAGUCUCUGGACGGGGUGGUCCGCGCUGUUAGAGGUUAACGCACUGGACCGAGUCAAGUCGGACUUCCUUUUCCAUUCUGAUGUACUUGAAGAAAAAGAAUUACUUUUGCGUAUGAAAGAGGCCAGAACUAGUGGAAUGAACUUCCAAACUUAAGAUUUGGGAGAUUGUUUUAAAAUUUUUUCAGGAAAGGUUAAAAGUUCCAAAACAGAUUUAAACUUUGUAAAUGAAUACGGGUCUCCCGUGCCCCACCGGUUCUGCCCUCGGGCUGACACAGAAGGGACCUGGGCGGUCUUCUACGUCCUGUGUCUCUGCGAUGUAUUUUAAGUUCCAAUCCACCGGUGCCUCCGCAGGGAGAGGGCACGAUGCAGGGUUUGGGCCGGUUUUCGGAGAAUGGAGGCCCAAAAUCAUUCCCAAGUAAGUUUUGGUUUUUAAUGUUCUGACCUGACUCCGGCUGCUGGGCCCAGCCUGCUGCUCCAGGAGUCUGGUGGGGCCUUGGUGCAGCAUGGCACGAACCUCCUGAGACCCCAGCGCCGAGGGGCAGGAAAAGGGCCCCGGGAGGCAGGGAGAGAGCAGGGCAGCGUACCCAGACGUUUCCCAGCCCGGCCCGUGGCUCUGAAACCACCUGCAGAAAAGGUCAGCCCGGGGUGGCCGGGAGGGCGAGAGAAUGGCUUGCGGUGCUGUGGGAGGUCCCUCCCUUCCCUCCAGCCCUCCCCUGAGCCCAGAGCCCGUGGCCCGGGCAGGCACCGGGCUGCCCUGACUGGUUCCGGCACAGCUGCUCCCCGGAGCUUCCCUCUCGGCACCAUGUCUCUGGCUCAGCGAAGCCGUGGACGUGAGGAGAUGCGGCGCCCUGCUGCGGGCCGACGCGCGUCUCCAAGUGUCAAGGGCAGAUCUUCGUAUGGCUGCGUGAGCCUCUGCGCCAGGUACGCCAGCAGGCCGCUGCCUCCCCGACUGGCGUCCGCCGCAGGUUUACGUCAUUCCUGCGUGUCUACGUCCACGUUCCCCUGUACAGCCCGCGGGCGCCCGGGCCGGUCCUGCACGCGCGGCCCACUCGCCGCCCACUCGCCGCCCUGCUCCGAAAUCCGCAGGCGCUUCACCCCGCAGCUGACCCGUGGAGCGUGGACCGUGGCGGCUGCAGUCCCUAGUGGCCACUGUGAAGGGACAGAACGGCCCCUUCAUUGAGGAGUACUCGUCAUCGAAAACUUCACCUGAACUGACAUUUCCCUUCUUGCCUUGGCCCCUCCGCGAGUCUCCGUGCUGCGCCCGAGGCCCCGAGAGGAUGAGGGCAGGGGGGAUCCUGGGGGCGCCGAGGGCGGGGCUCCCGAACGCUUCCCCGCAAGCUCUUCGCUUGCACUGAAGAAUGCUCUCAAAUUCUUCUGAUCGAGUUUUGUAUAUACUAAACCUAUAUUUAAAGCUUUUAUAUGUUCUGGGCAAGUUUGCUCCUUCGAUUUGAGCACUUUGGUUUUUUUGUAUUGUCUUUUGUGAUGGCAUUGAAACAUUUUUACUUGUCUUAGGCCUUUUUUUUUUAAAUUGAUACCAACGAAAACUCUUACCACAUUUUUUGUUGGUCUUCUGAAAAAUCCAAGCUCCUUUCGAAACCAAAUGAACGGACCCUGAGCUGGCUUCAGGGAAGGACAUUCAUGAGACCACAACCAGAUGUGCUGGUGAAGUGUUGGAAUGUUCCACCCUCUUAAAUUCCUAAACAGUGAACAUCAUCCUGUGACUUUUAAAUUAUUUAAAAUAUUUUUUUUUCUUAAGAAUGGGAGGUGAUGCCAGGACCAGAAAUGCAUUUAACUUAAGCUACGUAGUGUUCUCUGGCACAGCACAUCUGCUUUAGAAGCGUGGUUUCGUUUUGUUGCUGUUUUAUAUAUACAUAUAUAUAGUAUUUUUGUACCUUAAUGCUUAUUCUUGAUGGCAUCUGUCGGACAUUAGGCAAGAUCAGACAUGGGAAUUUUUCCAAAAGUCUUUUAAUUUACCUGAGGACCUCACCAGGUACUUAAAAAAUCCAAGUGGUUUUAAUAUCUAGAAAACUAAAGUUCCCAAACGACCUACAGAAAUGUAAACCCUCCUUUGUGAAAGGCUCUUGGGUGGAUCUGCAGCCCCAGGUGGCCCAGCCACGCUUUGGGCCAGGUGGGUGUAGUUGCUGGGUACAGCUGGAAGGACGUACAGAUGGACAACAGCAGAAGGUUUGCUCCUUGGAGCAGGACUGCCAAGCUCACGCGCACAAGCCUCCUUCAGCCUCCAUGUCCAGCUCUCUGUCCUCUGUGUCAGGUUGAAAAAUAAAGCUUCCACUGUCA